AUGUCUCAGACAGCCAAGGACACCACGAGCAAGGGAGCCGAAGCCAAGGACAAGGGAUCUCCUGCCUCUGGGGGCAAGGCCACGAAGACCGCAGACACCAGCGCGGGCAACUACAGGAUCAUGCUGUUUGAGCAGGAGAACUUCCAGGGCAAGAUGAUGGAGAUCCAGAAUGAGUGUGUGAACACGACAGAGAUGGGGCUGGACCGUGUGCGCAGCCUGCGUGUGGAGUGCGGCCCCUGGGUUGCCUUCGAGCAGACUAACUUCCGUGGGGAGAUGUUCAUCCUGGAGAAGGGGGAGUAUCCUCGCUGGGACACCUGGUCCAACAGCUAUCGCAGUGACUGUCUCAUGUCCUUCAGACCUGUCCGCAUGGACAUGCAGGAGCAUAAGAUCUGCCUCUAUGAGCUGUCCGACUUUGAGGGCAACAAGAUGGAGAUCCAGGAGGAUGAUGUGCCCACCCUCUGGGCGCAUGGCUUCUGUGACCGGGUGGGCAGCGUGAGGGUCUCUGGAGGAGCGUGGGUGGGUUACCAGUACCCCGGGUACAGGGGCUACCAGUACCUGUUUGAGUGCGGCGAUUACAGACACUACAAUGAGUUCUGCGCCAUCCAGCCCCAGAUCCAGUCCAUGCGGCGUGUGAGGGACAUGCAGUACCAUCCGCAUGGCUGCUUCACCUUCAGCAGCACUGUGGCUAGCAAGUGA